AUGUUAGUGGAUCGAGAGGGGUUGUGGUUUCGUGUAUUGGCAGCGCGAUAUGGGGUGGAACGAGGGAGAUUGAGAGAUGGGGGGAGGCGAGGGUCUUUGUGGUGGCGAGAGAUAGUGAGCAUUCGGGAUGGUGUUGGAGAGUCAGGGGGAGGUUGGUUCGGGGAGCAUGUUGUUAGGAUAGUGGGGGACGGUUCAAAUACUCUUUUUUGGACUGACCCAUGGGUGGAUGAGAAUCCUUUAUGUGAGCGAUUUGGUCGUCUGUUUGCUUUAUCAGAGACUAAGUCGCGUACGGUGGCUGAGAUGUUCUCGUUAGGGUGGGGGUUGGAUGGGGCGGCUUGGGUUUGGCGGAGGCAGUUGAGGGCGUGGGAGGAGGACAUGUUGAGGGAGUGUCAGUUUUUACUUGCUAACAUUUCUUUACAGGCACAAUAUUCAGAUAGGUGGCGGUGGCAGCCAGAUCCUGACACAGGUUACACUGUUCGAGGAGUUUACCAGCUUUUGACUACUCGUGACUCGGUUACUUUGGAUGAGGCAGAUCAUCUUAUUUGGCAUCCUCAGGUUCCUUUGAAGGUGUGCGUAGCUGGUUGUGGGGAGGCAGAGUCGGCUCAUCAUCUGUUCAUCUCUUGCGAUUUUUUUGGUUCUCUUUGGGCUUCGGUGUGCACGUGGAUUGACAUUUCUUUGACGGACUCCAGUACUAUCCGGGCCCACUUCGUUCACUUCACAUCAUCAUUUGGUGGAUCACGGACACGACGGUCUUUUUUGCAGCUUAUUUGGCUUGUCAGCGUAUGGGUUAUAUGGACGGAAAGAAACCAUAGAUUGUUUACAGGCUCAACUAGCACUUCUCUCCAGUUAUUGGACAAGAUCAAGUUAUUUUCGUAUAGGUGGUUGAAGUCGAAGAAUGUUACUUUGGCUUUAAACUACCAUAGCUGGUGGUCUAGUCCUUUGUUAUGUUUGGGCUUUGUAUGAUGUUGAUCUUUUAUUUUUCUUUUCUGUCUUUCUGUAAACUCUGGUAGUUCAU